AUGGAAAGAGAAACAUGCUUCAUAAGCAUCGACUGUGGAGUGGAUGAGGGCUAUCUAGAUAACACGACCAACAUAUUUUACAGUUCAGAUGCAAAUUUCAUAGACAGUGGAGAAAACAGGAACAUUUCUCUCUAUUUCACAUCUGAUAUUUUUGAAAGGCAACUCAAGAACGUCAGAAGUUUCCCAGAAGGAGUCAAGAAUUGUUACACCCUACAACCAGAGCAAGGCAAAGACAACACCUACUUGAUCAGAGUUGCCUUCUGGUAUGGGAAUUACGACGCCAUGGAUCAACCUCCAGAGUUUAAACUAUAUCUGGGAGUUGAGGAAUGGGACAGUGUAAAACUGAACAAAUCACAUGAUCAGAUAAUCUGGAAGGAAAUUAUACACGUUCCAGAAACGGAUGACAUAUAUGUGUGUCUAGUAAACACUGGUUCUGGGAUACCUUUCAUAUCUGCAUUAGAGCUGAGAGCCCUUGGUAAUUCCAUCUAUAAUAAAACUCAAUCUGGAUCUCUGGUACUCUUCAACAGGCUUAACUUUGGUUCAGCUUCCAAUGAGACAGUCAGAUAUGGAGAUGAUGAGUUGGAUCGCAUUUGGAAUGCGUAUUACUUUCCGGAUUGGAAAUCCAUUCAAGCACCCUACAGUAGUUCUUCGUUAAGUGAAACUGAAUUUAAACUUCCACCAAAGGUGAUGGAGACAGCUGUAAAACCUCUUUCUGGAAGUUACCUGAACUUCACUUUGGGGGGGAUUGAUUCUUCUGAAGAAUUCUACAUGUACUUUCACUUUGCUGAGUUUGAGGAAGUGCAAGACAAAAUCAGACAAUUUACCAUCUUAUUGAAUGAUAUAACAAUUUUUGAUUCUAUUGAACCCCAAUAUAUGGUUUCAGAGACUCAUUCUACUAAAAAUUCCCUAAGUGGAAGGCAGCUGAAUUUUUCACUUGCCAAGACAAAUCAAUCCACACUUCCACCCAUUAUGAAUGCUCUGGAGAUUUACAUGAUAAAAGAGUUCUUGCAGUCACCCACUGAACAACAGGACGUUGAUGCUAUGAAGAAAAUCAAGUCAGUAUACCAGGUGAUGAAGAGCAGCUGGCAAGGAGAUCCAUGUCUCCCGAUAAAUUACUUAUGGGAUGGCUUGAUCUGCAGUGACAAUGGCUAUAAUGCUCCCAGUAUCAUCUCACUGAACCUUUCAUCUAGCAAUUUGACAGGGAAGAUGGAUGUUUCAUUCUCCAAUCUCACUUCAUUACAGUAUCUAGAUUUAUCUUACAACAAUUUAACUGGAGAAGUGCCAAAUUUUCUUGCUGAACUUCCUUCCUUGAAAACCCUGAACUUAUCAUGGAACAAUUUCACAGGUUCGGUUCCCUUGGCUCUCAUUGAAAAACAUAAUGACAGAUCCUUGUCCUUGAGUUUGGAUGGGAAUCCAUAUCUUUGCAACACAACCUCAUGUGCGGGGGCAAAAAAGAAGAAUAAGAAGACUGUUGUUGUUCCAGUAGUUGCAUCCAUUACCCUAUUUCUAGUCCUCUUAGGUGGAUUGGCCAUCUUGUGGAGCUUUAAAAGAAGACGAGAACAAAAUAUUGUUGUCAAACCUACCGAUCAAGAAGAUAAGGCAUUGGAGUCAAAGUACCUACGCCUCAGUUACUCUGAGGUUGAAAGAAUCACUGAUAACUUCCAAAAUCAGAUUGGAAAAGGAGGAUCAGGAAAAGUUUACCGAGGCCGUUUAAGUGAUGACACUGAAGUUGCUGUCAAGUUGCUGUCAUCUUCAUCAGCUGAAGGUUUUAAUCUAUUUCAAACCGAGGCUAAGCUGUUGACAAGAGUUCACCAUAGAAACUUGGUUUCCCUAUUUGGAUAUUGUGAUGAAGGUUCAAGCAUGGUGCUCAUUUAUGAGUACAUGAACAAGGGGAACUUAAAAAAAAAUUUAGCAGAUAAGGAGGAAGCUGUCUUGAGUUGGAAACAAAGAGUUGGAAUAGCACUUGAUGCAGCAGAAGGACUGGAGUAUUUACAUAAUGGUUGCAAGCCACCUAUAAUCCACAGAGACAUUAAAACUGACAACAUACUACUAAAUGAAAAAUUAGAAGCCAAAGUUGCAGAUUUUGGGUGGUCUAGAAGUAUGCCCGUUGAAGGCCAAACUCAUGUAUCAACUAGGAUUGUUGGCACAGAAGGCUACUUUGACCCUGAGUAUCAGGAAACUUCAAGGUUAACCGAGAAAAGCGAUGUUUAUAGUUUUGGGAUUGUUCUAUUGGAACUUAUUUCAGGCCAGCCUGCAAUCAUAAAGAGCAGUGAAAGCAGUACUAUUCACAUACUCCAAUGGGUUUGUCCCCUUCUUGAAAUGGGAGACAUCGGGGGUAUUGUGGAUCCAAGGUUAAAUGAAGACUUUGACACAAAUUCUGCCUGGAGGGCUGUAGAGACAGCAAUAGGUUGUGUAGUACACAGCUCCAGUGAAAGGCCAACCAUGAGUGAUGUAGUAGCCAAAUUAAAAGAGUGCAGGAGUUAUAUGGAAACAACAACUGCUAAUAUGGAAGAGGAUUCUGGUUCUAUUAUUACCGAAGCUGCAAUGUCUCCCCAAGCAAGGUAG